CGUCCCAGUACAGGCCGCCACACCUGCUGCUGCCCGGCCCGCCGCAGUAGCCCCGCCCUCUUUGAACCCGGCCCCAGCGGUGAAGGACAGAGACAAGGAAAAAGAGAAGAAGGUGAAGAAGAGGGAAAAGAAGGCGGUGAAGGUCCAGACCCGAUCCGGUCGGGUCUCCAGGCCACCAAAGUACAAAGCCAAAGACUACAAGUUCAUAAAGACGGAGGACCUGGCCGACAGCCACCAGUCCGACUCCGACGACUACUCAGACAUGAGCGUGGAGGAGGAGGAGGGCGGGAGGAAGGACGGCCCCGCCCCCGGCACAUCCCUCACCUACAGCCACAAGUCCCGGUCCCACCGCUGCCAGACCUGCGACAAGGCCUACAUCGGUCCCGGAGGCUUGAACCGGCACUACAAACUAAACCCGACCCAUGGCGAGCCUGAUCCGCCCGGCAACACGCCUGGCAACACACCACGCCCCCUCAGAGAAGACAGCCAUUCACAGGAGACGACGGCAGGUGUCGCCAGAGAAGAAGAGGAAGAGGAGGAGGAGAGAAGAAGGAGGACAAACCCGCUGCCCCAGCAACAAACAGGGUGGAGGGGGGCCAGCGGCAGCUGUGGGACUCCGAGGCCUCCAUCACCGGGGCCCCGGCCGGCCCCGAGGACGAGGGAGAGGCAGGGGACGGGGCCGCGGCCGGGGCCGAUCACUAGGGCCGCCUCCUAAGUUCUCUCAGGUGACAGUCGGCCUCGUCAGCAGACGGGGGCGUCGUGGUCGACCGCCAAAGCUCGCCAUCGCCACAGUGACUGCCGAGCAGCAGGCGGAGAGGAGACGAGACCGACUGCAGGAGCUGGUGGAGCAGUGUGAGGAUGAGGAGCUGAUGGACAUCGUUCUUCCUCGUUUGACCAAAGUGUUGAGUCUGUGGGAGCUGCUGCUGGCAAAGGUGGAGCGCCGCGGUCCAGCUCGGACUCGGUUUCCAGACAUCUACCGUGAGUUUGAGUCCCUGCAGGCUCAGGUGAGACAGGCUGCUCAGGACUACAUCAUCAGCCCUCAGGGCGGGGCCAUGCCGCUGGAGGUCAGGAACAUCGAGGUGGCCCGGUCUCUGGGGAUCCUGGAUGAGGUGAACAGGAUGAAGGUGGUUCCUGGAGCGUCUCCCAGCUCCAGUCUGGCCAAUAAGAACGUCCGAUACAUGGAGAAUUCAAAGAUGCUGCCGCCUUCAAAGAGAUUCAAGAUGGAGAACAGCGUUUCUGUUCACCAGAACGGCAUCGAGACGCCCAGAACAGGUGGAGCCGCAGGGACCCCUUCGCCCCCUGUGACCCCUGUGACCUCCUCUCUGAAGCCCUGCUCGGUCUCUGUGUCCCCCCUGGUGAUCCCAGGUGCAUCCAAACUGCUGACCACCACCGCAGACUCCGCCUCCAGCUCCUCUGGCUCCAGCUCUGCUAAGAUGCCCUCCACCCAAGCUCCUCCGCCUGUCACCCCCAUGGAAGUGACCCCAGCUGAGGACCAGGACCAGGGGCCUCUGCAGACCACCACCCAGGUGGAGACUCUGCCAGCAAGCCAGGACCAGGUCCUGAGCACCAGUGACAUCACAGCCCAGAUGAAGGAGCUGGAGAAAGCUUUGGGUUCAAGUCCCGAGACCACCACAGACUCAAAGACUCCCGAGUCCAGCUCAGUCCAGACUCCCGAGUCCAGCUCAGUCCAGACACCCGAGUCCAGCUCAGUCCAGACUCUGGCUCCCUCUGAGCUUCAGCAGAAGGACUCCUGCCAGGCCGAGUCCGGCUCCACAGACCCCUGUGAGCCCAAAGAGCUGCAGGAGGGUCAGGAGAUCUACAUACAGACUGAGGGGCUGACGGUCCAGCUGGCAGAACCAGGAUUAGACGGGAUCGUGAUAGUCAACGGGCCCGACGGAACCACCAUGCACAUCCAGACCCCUGAGGGGGUCCCUCUGGAGGCAGUCCAGGCCCUGCUGGGUAUUGAGGCUUCAGAUGGAGCCAAAACUCCUCAGUGAACCCUGAACAGAAUUGGAAGACCACAACCUGACCUGAACCACAUCACACUAACACGCACCUGUCGGCCAGACAGUUUCCUGUAGCGCCCCCCUCAGGACAUCCUGUACACUAUAACCGAAGGGGGCCCGACGAGUCCUAGACCGCUGUGGCUCAGGUGUCGGUUCCGCCCUGUUUCAGAUCAACACCUGAGGACAGACUUAACGUCCCGCCUGCAUCUCGUUCUGUCUUCAUCAGACCGUUUAAAAACCAGUUUGAAGUGUUUCUCCGUUCAGAAAGCAGAGAGGCUGCCGGGCCACGUCGUCAUCGAUCGACUCAUUUUCUUAUUUUAUUUUGUGAAGCUGAGCUGCUGUCCUGAGAGCAACGUGACCUGAAGAUCAGGACUCGGCAAGUCCUGCCCUCUGGGUCAUAGACUCAACGGUAGUAUAAGGAGAAGACUGAAGUUUGUGAGUACGUAGUGUCCUCUCUGGGCUCCCGUACUCUCAUUUAUCAUCUCAGCUCGUGGUCUGAUUGGUCGGCUCAGCUCUCACCGGUGAUGGCGGCGGCGGCAGCUCUUCGGCUGGUUUUUAAGGAAUCUGGAAAGAUUGUAAAUUUGUAAACUUGUUUCUUUUUCAGUGUUUCCAUGUUUGGAGCGCUUCAUCUAGAGACGUCUUGAUUAGUUGUUUAUGUAGAUA